AUGAGAUGUCCCUGGUUUUACUAUACAUUUUUUGAGACAGCCGCAAAAAAAUAGCGACGCUAAGAAAGAAGGAUGCAUCAUGAGGUUAAAAAGCUGGAGGAGAAUGCCGGGGGUAAAAAGAUCUAAAGAAUAUAGGAACUUUGGAGAAUUGCGCGAACUGUUUAUCUCUCUACUGGUUUUUUGAAAAGGUCUAAAGAUUCAAUAUCAAAGAAGCAGGUUAGAGGAUCGUUACAAGUGAGCAGCGUCUUUUCUUAAGAAACUAUUUAUAGUUUCAUUAUAUUGCCAGAAAAUAGAUUAAAGCUGUUCUGGGAUACAUGCUGCAGUGCUCUACUAUUCAUCUCUAUUAUUCAAGUCAUGUUCUGCAUUGCUUUUCAACUAAAGCCAUUUGAAAACGUUCGUGUAUUUGAAUUGGCAAUUGAUUGUAUUUUGAUAACUGACCAAUUAUUCACAUUUUUCACUUCUUACUAUUACAAAAAGAAGUUAAUUCACAAGCCAUAAAAAAUAAUAAGGAAAUACUUAACUGGGUUCUUUAUUAUUGACUGCUUUGCCAACAUGCCGAUGCUUUCAAUAACUAAAUGGUCUAAGUUAAACCAAGCAAGAACUGUUGAAUGGUUCUCAUUCCUUAAAAUAAUACUCUACAUUCUUCUAUUUAUUCAUUUUGAAGCAUGUCUACUCUCUUAUUUUGGUGUGGCUUUUGAUGAUUUUUCGUGGAUAGAUAUAUGGGGAAUAGAAAGAACAAACUUGGGGGAAAUAUAUCUAUGCGGACUUUACACAACCCUUGUUACUUUUGUAACUGUAGGAUACGGUGAUUUUUCUGCAACAACUACAUAUGAAUGUAUUAUCUUCAUGAGUUUAGAAUUAGCCGGCAUUAGUGUGUUUUCUUUAAUGAUAAGAACUGUCUAAAACUUCAUGUCAAAUCAUUCUCAAGCAAUCCUCAGUGAUAAAUAAGAUGGUUUAGAAACUUGGCUUAUUGCCCUUAACAGAAAAUCUAAAAAUACAUAAGUAAUUAGACCAAGAGACAUUAGAAGUAUACAAAGAUUCUUUGAGGUCUACUAUAGGAGAAGCCCUCUCUAUUAUUUUGACACCGAAUUUUAUAAUGAUCUAAGCAUCCAAGCUAAAAAUAAGCUUGUUAAGACCAUUACAAAGCCUUAUAAGAAGAUGUUUAAGUUUUUCUUUGAGGACCUUGAUCAUAGUUACAAAGCUAGCAAUGUAUUCGUAAGAGAUAUACUUGCAAGUUUAUUCCUACAAAUUUACGAACCUAAAAAGACCAUAAUUGCAUUCAAGGAAAAUGUGACAGAAAUAUCGUUUAUCUAUUAAGGUGGAGUAGUUAUAUAUGACAAAAAUACAGACAGAUCUAUUGUGUAAUACGGAUAAGGCUCCUACAUUGGUGAUUUCUAGAUAUUUUUUGAAAUAAGAUCUAACUUCAGAUAUGUAAGUGCUGAUGUGACCAUAGAUACUCAUCUAAUGUGUAUCAACAAGGAUAGACUAAUGACAAUUUUGAAAGAUCAUCCAACUGAGUAAUCGUUCUUAACUCUUAGAGCUAAGAAAAGGUACGUCAAUUUAAAAAAGAAUAGAAAUAUUGCGAGGAAAGAAGAGAUAUAAAAUCAUUUCAAAUAGUAAAGAUAGGUUGUUUAAAGAUUUGGAUCAUCAUAAAUGAAUGCUACGUAGUCAAAAAAGGAAGAUCAUCCCGAAAAUUUUAGUUUCAACCAAUUAAGUCUUCUUGAUGAAAAUACAAUAUUUGAUGCUCCUGAAUCUAUAGGUGAAAUUGAUCCCUAAUAAGAAACAGUAGAUGCAACUGAAGAGUAUUUUGGUGAAACUAAACUAGAGCUUGAACUUGAGAUAAGUGAUGAUGAGAGAAGCUAAGAGCAUUUUAGACAGCUUAAAUUGAAUGAGCAAAUGAGACUUACUGCUAAAAAAUAUGAUAGAGUUCGAAUUCAGCUUCAGAAAAUAAAUUCACUUACCUCAAGAUUAAAUGAAACAGUGGCUUAAUCUUAUAAGGAACUUAAUGAUGCAAUUUUACAGUAAUUGAUAAUGGGUAAAUCUGAUAAGCUUGAAAAUUUGAGAAGAACUAUUAGGUUUAGAAAUCAAAAUCUGAUUUAAGAGAUAGAGAUAACAAAAUCCAAAACAUAAAGUAUAAUAAAAAGACAGACAAUAGAUUUUGAUGAAGUAACCCUAUAAACUUCAUCUUUGCACACAGAUUCUAGCCUUAUAGAAGAAAUUAAAUCAAAUGAAACAGAUGAAGGUUAGAAUAGGGAUAGCGAUAGAGUAGUAGCAGAAUUCUAUGCAUUUAAGAAUCAUCUUGGAACAUAUAAAAAGAAAGGCCAAGUAUAAUUUGAUCAACUAAAGAAAGUUAAUUAUUUUAAGCAAAUGUACAUUGAAAAGAAAGAUAAAAAGAAAAUCUUGAAACACUAAUUAACUACUUAGCAUUCGUCUAAAAAGAAGAUAGUUCCCAAAAAGAUAUACUAUGGUGGAAAAGAAGGUGGCUGGUAUGGUAUUAAUUCUGACUCUGAGGAUUCCUGGUCUCUUUAAAAGAGAGAAGGAUCUGCAUCAAACUCAAUAAGGACUUCAUUUCAUUCAGAUUUAAGACAAAAUUCAUAGUUGAAUUAGUAACCAAGUUUGUAAGAAAUGGUAAAGGAUUUGAAUAGGAUAUCUCCUGAAAAUGAAUUAGAAAUCUAAACAAGGGAUAUGAGAAGGCUAUCAUAAAAGUAGAUAGAUGCUUAUAUAGUAAGAAGUAAUGCAAGCUAGAAUAUUUUGCUAGAUAAUUCAGCAAACUAGAGUGAAAACCAAGAUUAAUCUUAAAGAUUUAUUUCUCCUCGAGAUAAUGAUGACCUACUGAUUCUAGAGGAAUUCAAUUCUAUAACAAAGAGAGAUAAAUUGCAUAUAAACUAGAAACAGCCUAAAUUAAAAGAAGAUCUCAUCAAAUCGAGAAGCAAUACAAGUGCAAUAAUAAAGGAUGAACUUGAACAUUAAUAAAUUAAAGUAAAUAAGAUAUAGCUUACUGAAAAAAUGGAAUCUGAAGAGUAAUCUCAGACUUAGUAAACAAUGUAUAACCUGACACCUGCUCUGAGAAAUCCUUAAAGUGAAAAUUUUUCCUAUCAACCAUAGAAAGCAUUUACUAAAAUCCAAUAAAGCAAGAAAAUUCAGCCUAUUAAGACAAAUCUAUUAGAUAGAUAUCCAAAAUCCAAGAACUAUUGA